AUGUCGGUCUGGAACCCCGACAAUAUCCGCGACGUCGCCGAGUCCGUCGGCAUCGUCAAUCUCAGCAACGACGUGACCGAGAACCUGGCGCGGGACGUCGAGUACCGCAUCGCACAGGUGCUGGAGGAGGCGCUCAAGUUCAUGCGCCACAGCCGGCGCACGCUGCUGACGACCCAGGACGUUGCGCAGGCGCUGCGCGUGCUGGACGUGGAGCCGCUGUAUGGGUAUGAGACGACGCGGCCGCUGCGGUUCGGCGAGGCGUCGCUGGGGCCCGGGCAGCCGUUGUUCUACGUGGAGGAUGAGGAGGUGGAUUUUGAGAAGUUGAUCAAUGCGCCGUUGCCGAAGGUGCCGAGGGAGAUUUCGUUUACUGCCCAUUGGCUCGCUGUUGAAGGCGUCCAGCCGUCUAUCCCCCAGAAUCCUACCGCGGCCGACUCGAGGAACCUCGAAUUGACCUCCAAGGGCCCGAAUGCCAACUCGACACUGGCGGCGAUGAGUGGUACGGGCAAUGUGGCGGUCAAGCCGCUGGUCAAGCAUGUGUUGUCUAAGGAACUGCAGCUCUACUUUGAGAAAGUCUGCAAUGCGUUUCUGGACGAGUCGAGUGAGGAAUACCGCACGUCGGGCUAUGCAAGCUUACGCGAGGACCCGGGCCUGCACCAGCUGGUCCCUUACUUUGUACAGUUCAUCUCAGAGAAGGUGACCCAUGGGCUGAAGGAUAUCUUUGUGUUGACGCAGGUCAUGCACAUGGCGGAAGCCCUGGUGCAGAACAAAUCCCUCUACGUGGAUCCUUAUGUGGCUUCCCUCGUCCCUCCCAUCCUGACCUGCCUGAUCGGCAGACAACUAGGUGGCAACACCGAUCUCUCCGGGCAGUUCGCGUUGCGUGAUCUGGCCGCCUCGCUCCUUGGCCUGAUCUCCAAGAAAUACUCCCACUCGUCACAUACGCUCACACCUCGCCUCGCCCGCUCCUGCCUCAAGACGUUCCUGGACCCAUCCAAGCCGUUCGGGGCGCAUUAUGGUGCGGUGAUUGGCCUGAAUGCGGUCGGCGGCGUCGAAGCCGUCCGUGUGCUCAUCCUCCCCAACCUCUCGACGUAUGCCAGUCUUCUCAAGGACGGCAUGGCCGAGGACAACCCUCGACGACCGGAGGCGGAAAAGGUGCUGGGGGUUCUCCUGGCCGUCCUCUCGGCGUUGCGCGAAGGCCGUCAGGGUCUGGCAAAUGGGCACGGUGCCAUCGUCACGGAUGAGCUCCGCGAGCGACUGAGUGCCAAAGUGGGGGAUCUCAUCGCGGCCAGGAUCGCGGAUGCGGGAGAGGUGCAGAUGGCGUAUGCGAUUCUGGAAAGUUCAGCGCCAUGA